AUGAGCCACAUACCUUCAAGAUACACCAGAAAUGGAGAAAGCCAACAACAACCUUCGGAGCGACAGCGCUACUAUCAUUCUUCUCAGGGUGCCCAGAGUAGCAUAUACGCCUCUACCCUGCCAGAAUUUGAGAAAGAGAAGCAUACCGCUCCAAUUUCUGCGUCAAUCGAUCUAGGGAAGGUCGAAAAACAACCUUGGGAAGGAUACCUGAAUGACACGCCACUGCCUGAGUCGAAGACACAGGACCACUAUCUUCGUAAUCUUCGACAUCGGCUCUUUACCGUUUACCACAUAAUUUUCGGCGUGGUAUUUGUCGUGAACAUGUCGAUCUUUAUCGUCACUUGUGUUCGCGGCGCAACUAUUCCUAAGCAAGUUGGUGAAAUCACCACAGCGAACCUUUUCACUUCGGUUCUCAUGCGCCAAGACUACGUCAUCAACGCCUUUUUCGCAGUGUUUUGCCAUUACAUUCCACAAUCAUGGCCACUGUCAAUUCGUCAACUGUGUGCACGAGUUUAUCACCUUGGUGACAUUCAUUCUGGCUGCGGUGUUUCUGGGACCAUCUGGCUCAUGCUCUUCGUGGGGAAAGCAACACUUGAAAAGACCCUUGGUCCUACUCAGCCAAGUCACAUUCUCAACUUUCCUGAUGUGGACGCUCAACUUAAGAUUCAGUACUACAGGUUUCGAUAG